UGUUAUUAACAAAAUUUAUUUUUAAUAAAUAGGUUCAACUACAAACAUGUCAAUUUCGAAAUGCAUCGAAUCUCAAUAUUCGAAUUGAUAAUCCAUGGCCAGUUGAUUUCGUUCAACAUCUUUCGUCAUUUAUCGAUCUAUCACAUCUUGAAAAACUCACAUUAGUUGAUGAAUUAGCUGAAGAUUUUUAUCCGAAUACGCCAAUACAUUUCGUUAUUCUACUUCAACAAGCAUAUAAUGUUCGUUCACUCGUUUUCAAAGAUAAAUGGCUUGAUAAAACUUGUGGUAGUAAUAUGGAAAAUUUCUGUUCUUUAAUUCCAAAUCAUAUCAAAUAUUUGGAAAUUGAUAUCUCAAUUAUGGAUGAUAUGAAAAUCAUACUCAAUCGACUUGAUCAUUUAUUAAGCGUGACAUUUCGAUUCAUAAGUCGAAAACAACAUUGGCCAAACAAAAUUAUUAAAUGGCUCUCGACAAGAAGAGAUGCAACAUAUAGUACAGACCUUUACACUUUAUCAAUAUGGCUCGGUAAGAAGAAGAAGAAGAAGAGAAAGACAUGUGAACAAAUGACGAAUGAUAUUAAACGUAUUAAAACGAAUUGA